UAACCCUGUUCAGAAGGUUCUGCUAGAGAAGAGGAAGAUAAACAACAACCCGAACGCCAGGGUUCUCCCCUCUCUCUGUCCUGUGGUUCUGUAACAGAACUGUAAUACUGUAUCAGCGAGCUUUAGGCGCCCUGUUCUGCCUCUCCUUCAGUCUGUGAAGGCCGGGAUGUCUUUGUUCGGGAAGUUAUUCGGUAGCGGCGGUAAAGGGGGCAAAGCUCCCAGCCCACAGGAGGCUAUCCAGCGGCUGCGGGACACUGAAGAGAUGCUAACCAAGAAACAGGAGUUUCUGGAGAAGAAGAUCGACCAAGAGCUGAUCACAGCCAAGAGGAACGGCACCAAGAACAAGAGAGCUGCGCUGCUGGCUCUCAAGAGAAAGAAGCGAUAUGAGAAGCAGCUCGCUCAAAUCGACGGAACUUUGUCCACCAUUGAGUUUCAGAGGGAGGCACUGGAGAACGCCAACACCAACACUGAGGUCAUCAAGAACAUGGGCUUUGCUGCAAAGGCCAUGAAGGCUGCUCACGAUAACAUGGACAUAGACAAGGUGGACGAACUCAUGCAAGACAUCACAGAGCAGCAGGAGUUGGCACAGGAGAUCUCAGACGCAAUCUCGAAACCUGUAGGCUUCGCUGAGGAGUUUGAUGAGGAUGAAUUGCUGGCUGAGCUGGAGGAGUUGGAGCAGGAAGAGUUGGAUAAGAACCUGCUGGAGAUCGGAGGCACAGAGAAUGUACUGCUCCCAAAUGUGCCCUCCACAUCCUUACCUUCCAGACCAGCAAAGAAGAAAGAAGAGGAGGAUGAGGAUGACAUUAAGGAUUUGGAGGCCUGGGCAGCCAAUUAAUACCUGUAGUUCUUCACCCCUUCAGUCUCCCCUACCCUUCACACACACACCCACACCACCCAAUUUCUUGCAACUGAUGGAUCUGGAAGGACUUCAUGGUUCAGCAUGAGGUAUUCGGAGCUUAGAAGAUUCAGAGCAAAAAAAACAAAACAAGAGAAACGCAAACUCCACUGCAACUAAGCUUUUCUAUCAGCACAAGAGCUUCAGUCCAGAUGGCAGCUGCAUCUCUGUGGCCACAUCUGCAAACCACCAUGACACAAUAUCUGAAGAAGGCUUUAUGUAGAAUUAUGUUGCAGUACUUGAUUACUCUCUGUAUUUAUCUGAUAAAAGGACCAUGGCAAAGAAUGCUUUUCAAAGAUGCUGAGCAUAGUGUUUCUGCUGUAAAAACAAUGGACAUUUAACACUUCCUGCACACACCCACAAAUUGCUGUCAGUUUUAUCAGAGGGCCUUUUGUUAUUUAUUUUUGCUCCUUAAUCCCACUGGCAGGCAAAAAGAAGUUGUUCAGGUUGUUUUCUCAGUAUUAAAUCAAAUGAAAACAAGACACUAAGAAUAUGUAUCAGUGAGCAUCACUUCUGGGUUUCAUAACCUUUUUCUACACUGAUAGAAAUGAUCUGUUUCUCUUUCUGCACUGCUUCACCUGCUGCAGUGGUUGGCUACUCAUUCAAGAGCUUCUUAUUGAUAUUUUCCACUGUAAACAGUGCAGCAUAUUUAUUGUGGGGCAUUUGGGUUAUUUUUUUGCCAUUUCUUUGUGGAAUGGAAUGUUUUAAUGAAUAAACAUCUUAUUUUUUUGUGGAGCUUCAUAAUAACUAUUGUACCUUUUAAGAUGAAACAGAACAUUUUAAUGAGAAACUAUUACAAAAAAAGUUUAGAUCUGGUAAAUGUGCUGCCAUGCUGUCACCAGAACUUUCUUAUCCAUCUUACAUCAGAGUAUAUCACCUGAGCAACUCUCUUAAUCUGACAGUGUGCAGUCAUACGCAAAUGUUUUAGCACCCCAUUACAAAUGACUUGUGUUCUUUAACUGCUUUACAGUGAGAACACUUUUGCUAAUUUAAAAGCACGUUUAAGACAUAAAAUGUGUUAAUAAGAACAAAAACCAGAAUAAUAGCCUGCAAACUAAAGAUGUUUACGUACCAUGUGCUGUUGGUAUCAGUACGUUUGAAGAAAAUUUACUUUAUUAUGAAAUGCACUUGAGUUUUAUUUACUGCAUGGAAUCACUACAUCUUGUUGAAUAAAUGUGAGAUUUUUAUGAAAAAUAAGCUGUAUGGGUGGGUGUAGAGUGGGUGAGUGUGUCUGAUACACAGCUCUAUUUAUCCAGUUUUUUUUUUCCUGGGGGGGGGGGGGGGGGGUCACUGAUUGAUUUUAGAUGACUAUUUGCGGUUUAAAAAUGCUCCUCUGCAAACAGGUUACAUUUCUCUGUUUUUGUAUGUGUGUGAAUGAGCACACUGAAUUUCCUUUAAUUUCAUAACAUUAACCCUGCAGCAAGGUUAGCUCCACUAAUUCAGCCCUGAGAUCAUACUGAAGGUAUAAAAAGUUAAAGCCAAUCAGAACAAAGUGUUACAUACAAAGUGUUAUAACAGAGUAUAGUAAGUGUUAUAACAAAGUAUAGUAACAGAAAUAGCAGUAUGUUCGAACUCUAAGCUAUAAAGAGGGUUUGGUUUAGAAACUCACAGACACUAAGUGGAGAUCAGAGGGGAUAAACAUCCUAAAUGCAGGAUUUUUUUUACAGUAGAGACAGAGAGAUAAGUGGAUGGUAUUGUUACAGAGUGUUACUUAAGUGUGAGAAAGCAAGCAGGUUCCAUUUGUAAUAUUUUAAUGCAGAGUUAGUUACUUUAAUUUUCUGGAGUCAACUUAAUCCAGAUUACUGUUUAUUUUUAUUAGAUUUUUCUGAAGUGGAGAGGAGGCAGGUCGCUAAUGAGAUUUAGACUGAUGCUAUUUUUUGGGGGGCUGUUCUGUGUUCUGCUGCUGCUGGUCUCCUCAUGAACAGCCUUUAGGUCUUAUUUUCUUCUGCCCUGCCUUUCAGUGUCCUUUUAACCACAUUACUGAAUUAAAGGUUUUUGCCAAAUUAGCUCUUUCCUUGAAUUGCGUUGAACAUUUUCAUUUUUGUCCCCUGAUUCAUAUAGAGUUGUUUUAAAUAAGGUUCUGGGGUUGUGGGACACCAGUGUUAACAGAAACAAGCUUCCACCAAAUACUGUACCCAUUUGUCCAGCAAGCCUCUUUGGCCAGUAGCCUUUAGCACCCCCUGCUGUACUGGUGGUAUUGUUAUGGUAUGAUUUUGAUCUGAGCUGUGUUGUCAGGGGUUGUGCAGACUGGUCUGUACAGGAUUGAAAAAAGUAGCUUUAAUGUGUUUGUAUGUUUUCAUUACCUUAUUGUUGAAUUUAUCAUUACUAUUAAAUUUAUUGAAUAUUUUCA